GCCUGUCUUGGAGGUACCCUGCUGCUGUCGGAUAAGUAUCGACACCGUCUCGAGGGAAUCGAAAAGUCGAAUUCGGUGUCCUGGAAUCCGCACAAGUUGCUGGGCGCGCCCUUUCAGUGCUCGCUGUUCCUCGUCAAGGGGAAAAAUCUGCUGCACGAGGCCAACUGCGCCCAGGCCAAGUACCUCUUUCAGCAGGACAAGUUUUACGACGUCUCCUGGGACACGGGCGACAAGAGCCUCCAGUGCGGCAGGAAGGUGGACGCAAUGAAGUUCUGGCUGAUGUGGAAAGCUCGAGGGGCCGUUGCGCUGGCAAAGUCCGUCGACAGAGCCUUGGAGGCGGCCGAGUACUUUUUGGAGAAGAUCCGCUCUCGGCCGGGAUUCCGACUGGUGCUUCCCAAAUACGAAUGCUCAAACGUGUGCUUUUG